AUGGCUCCAGUGGGCGCCAGCGAUCUAAACCGCAGCCGAGUGCUGUCCAGCAAGGCAGAGCUAGAAAAAGCCCAGAGUCUCAAGCUACCUCUGACUGCAGCAGAAGCCUUGAAGCAUUUUAAAAACCAGCUAACUCUGUAUGAGCAACGAGAAAUCAAAGAAUACAGAGAGCUGUGGUAUCUUGGGCUGGGAGCUAAAAAGAUUGAAGGAUACACUGACACAGAGAACAACAAUUCCUAUGACGAUGAUCACGGCUCUUACAAAAAAGUUCUAGGUGACCAUAUUGCAUACAGAUAUGAAAUACUGGCAGUCAUUGGUAAAGGAUCAUUUGGGCAUGUCGUGAAGUGUUUGGAUCACAAGACAGGUGAAAAAGUGGCAGUGAAAAUAAUAAGGAACAAAAAGAGAUUUCAUAACCAAGCCUUGGUGGAGGUCAGCAUUCUCGAUACCCUUCGCCAGAAGGAUGAGGACAAUACGCACAAUGUAGUCCACAUGAAAGACUAUUUUUACUUCCGUAAUCACUUCUGCAUUUCCUUUGAAUUGUUAGGUAUAAAUUUGUAUGAAUUAAUCAAGAAAAAUAGUUUCCAAGGUUUCACCUUGAGUCUGAUUCGUCGGUUCACUCAGUGUAUAUUAAGAUGUUUACAAUUGUUGUAUAUGGAGAAAAUUAUCCAUUGUGACCUAAAGCCUGAGAAUAUACUUAUAAAUCAACCACAAUCAGGGCAAAUUUCGUUUAAAGUUAUCGACUUUGGCUCAAGCUGCUACGAGCACCAAAGAGUGUACACGUACGUCCAGAGUCGGUUUUAUCGCUCUCCAGAAGUGAUUCUUGGUCACCCCUACGCGGCUGCCAUUGACAUGUGGAGCUUGGGCUGCAUCAUGGCUGAGCUCUAUACGGGGUACCCACUUUUUCCUGGAGAGAAUGAAGUGGAGCAGCUCGCCUGCAUCAUGGAGGUACUGGGCCUUCCUCCGACAGAAUUCAUUCAGACAGCAUCAAGAAGGCGAACAUUCUUUGAUUCUAAUGGUAACCCAAAGAGUGUAACCAAUAGCAGGGGGAAGGUACGAAACCCGAAUUCGAAGGAUCUGAGUGCUGUAUUGAAAACCUACGAUGCUUCUUUUUUGGACUUUCUGAAAAAAUGUCUGGUAUGGAAGCCUGCCUUGCGUAUGACUCCGGAAGAAGCCAUGCACCAUGCCUGGAUGCAGGACCCAUGGUUACAUAAACCAAAACAAAAGCCCAAGAUGGCUCCAAAGUCCAGUGAGGGAUCCUUCAUCACCUCUGAGAAGAAAAAGGAGAGCUUUCAUAAAAACCCACAGCCAGAAAGAGGAGAUGAAAUCUGGCAUCACCCCCUUGGAGAAGUCAAGUGUGAACCCCCUGAAAAGUUGCCGGUUGCCAACCAAAAACCGCCUACCAUCAUUUCAUCCCAAGAAACAAACAGAGAGGAAAGCCAGGAUGCAAACCAGCAGGCCACUCCCAAUAAAGAGCAAGAAACACCCCUGGAUAAAGCUGUAAAAAGAGACCACAGGACAGAGAAGGUCAUGCACAAAAACACAAGCAUCUUACCGCCCAUUUGGUACAAGCAGUGA